CGUAACAGGCCAUCUAGGGAGGUAUCCGCUUCCUUCCUAUGUUAAAACCCUAAAUGCAAAGCAAAUCAAUUCAAUAGAGAGAGAGUAAUGGCGACAAAUUCUGAAGCAGAGAAAACAGAUGGAGGAGACUGUGUUACUACUACAACUACGAAGGCACAACAAAGUAGUCGCGUUUUGAGCAUUGAAGAGGAGAAAAUGAGAGAUAGCUACUUGUUCUGUUGUGAGAAUUUCUACACUCUUCCUGAGAUGAUCAAUUACAUGAAGGAGCAUCACGGUGUAGAGCAGACCACUGUUACAAAAGUUUUCAGGGAACUCUUAAAAGGUACAAAAGCAGAAGCUUAUCUGAGAGCAUCACAGAAACGAAGUAAGACAAGAACAACUACUUGAACAGAGAGGCUGGGAUGAAUGGAUGAUGGGGGGUGUGUAGAUUAAGUAUAUUGUUUCAAAUUCUUUGGUUUUGGGUUUUUGUAAGAAAUAUACAAUAUUGUGUAUGUCAUGUUGUCAAUCAUCUUGGCUCUUCAAAUCCAAAAUCUAGUAUCUUCUUUUGCUUCCGAGUAUGGAUUCGUUUUUCAUA